GCUUCAACCUGUUUGCUUUGCUCAUGCUGCGUUGCGUUCAGACCUAAAUAAUACCACACUGGGCGUGUGUCCUGUGGUUGUUUCGGUGCUCGUGCCUGGCGCUUGACAGAGAACGCGACUGUUUUCGUUAGUGAGAUGCGUAUGACCGCGUAGUUGUUAAAGCCGCUCCACUUUCGCUGUGGGAAGCCUGCGAUCGUCCCAGUCUUUAUCCUCGUUGGUGUGGUUAGGUUCCACGUUUACUCGGCUUUUCUCUCCUUACCCAUACUACCAGGUGUAGUUAGUGCGUGUUUCUCCAUGUGCUCUUUAAACGGGACACAUUGCAGUGCUUCGGAGACAAGCGGACCGCGCGUAAUGUCUCGCUGCUAUUCUCCGAGCCGGCCCGGUUGUUCCGAAUGUUUCUUUUUGAACAGCUAUUUCGCACGCGCUACCGGGUUACGCAAGACCGGUCUAGGCCGCACAUCGGCGGCUUCACGGCGAUGAUCGUCGGUGUCUACCGCAUUUCGCGCAGAAGACAUGAUUGUCGCGAGACUCCUCUAUGCGCGGUUCAGCCGGUGUCGAGGGCGUCGUGACAGUAGCAAGAGGAAAAAGACGGGGUGCAACGACUCCUCAAAAAGGUCCAAUCGAUCGUGGUCGGUGUGUUUCGCUGUCUGACAAUCACGCUUCGCACUUUCGGAGGACCACACAAACGGUGCCUUGUCGGGGGAACGCCUUUCGCCAAGCGCCGGAUGAUGAGCUGUCCUCAGCUGGCGGAAAGCGAAAGAAGGCCUUCAUCUGCCGCCGCUCCCACUGGUCCCAAGCCCUACAACAUUUUCGAAGAUCUCGAAGUGUUUGCCCACUUCGAACACUAUCGCAGCGAGAGCUACGCUCAAGCCAUCCACCUCAUGUCUUCCCAGACGAGCCUGCUCUCCGACUCCCGACAGUCCUAUGCGUCGUGCGCCACAACCCUGAAAGAGUUGUCCCUCAGCGCGCCCUCCUCGCCAAAGGGCGUCCACAGCGUCGAGAAGUCGUCCACGCUCCCGUCGACUUCGUCAAAUGUAGCCUCCUUCGCGAGUCCCAAGAAGUCUAGCAGCCUUAGUCUGUCUAGCUUCUUUCGCAAGAUAUCGCCCCGCUUUCACAAGAACCGAAAGUCCAAGUCGAAACCCUGGAUAGUGGUGGAGUUUUCGCAGAAGGACAUCGAAGGCCAAGGCUUGGACCACGAGAGCAUGGCCGACAGUGACCAGUCCCUGGAACUCGCACUUCAGGGCAAAGAGCGGUACAUGGCUUCCCGUACCGGAAGCACAACCGGUCGUUUAAGUUUCUCAGGUAGUGGGAGCCAGUCGUCUCUGAAUGCGUGGGUCAGGGCAGGUAAACCAAAGGCGUUUGGUCCCCUGCAUCACGAUGCUCAAAGACUGUUGGAAAAAAAUUAUGGCAACGUGAUUGCCAAGGCACGUGGCUGUCGCAGCCAGGAAUGGCUGCACAGCUCAAGAUUGCCAUCGAAGCCAUCAAAGACGCCAGCGCGACCUAACCAGUGGCCUGCUUCGUCGUGUGCCAGUUCUCGACACAGCAUUGGGUCACUAAUGCCAACGGUAGUGGUGAACUCUCCAGGGACAGUUCCAAUGGUGCUAUUGGAAACGGGCUACUCGGAGCAGGUACUGGCAUGCCUGCGAACGAGGCAGCAAAACAGCCUUUCCUUGAACGUGCCUCGUGUGAGAAGUUUGUGUACAUCCUGCACGAUUGUUCUCUUUAUUUAAAUUUUUUUUUUCGAAAAGUCCUGCACUCGCUCCGUGUCCACUUCUGAGUGAGUGGCCAAGUGUUCCGACUAGCAUGCUGUAUGCCUUCGGUGAAACAAAACAAGCAUCGUCUCUGGGCAUGUAGAUUUUUUUUUAUUGCUGUUGAACACGUAACCAAAUUGAAGAAGAGCUGUUUCCUUGCCUGCGACCUGGGGCACGUCUUGCCUGUGUUAGUUUGCAAGCGACUCUUAUACUGCUGUGACUGCAUAAUGUAAUUGUUUAGUGCUGAUAAGCAAGAAUAUAAGCAUCUUGCGUGAUUAAAAAGGGCUGCGUUGUGUUGAACUUAUUGCUUCUAUUGCAUAGUAGUUUGUUUAGUCAUUUAUAUACAGAGGUGUUGAGCAUUUUGUUACUGUGUGGGGUGGCAAGUGAUUUUUCUGCCAGGAAACUGGAUUUACAGCCAUUCAACGAUGCUUUGUGAAGUAGUAGUGAGAGAGUGAGCUUCAUAUUCCCACUUAGUGGCCCUGGAUGUGUGGCCUGUGUGUUGAAAUAAAUUUUUUUCAGUGACUGUUGCAUCAGUCUAUACUUAUGGUGCACUUGCUUACAUGUCUGGCAUGGACAGAGAUAUGAAUGCAUGGAAAUUACAUUGUUUACAAUGUGCAUGCGAACUCGAUUUUGUUGCUAUUGGUAACCAAUGGUACACAGAGUUCUCAAAUAAGGGUUUUCCUUUCUUUACUGUUUAGAUUUUUAAAAUAAUUAUUGAAUCUGUAGUAAAGAGAAACGUCUAAACUCUUUGAGUUGCUAGAAUUUAUUGCACACUGUUUUAACGCAAUGUUUCUAUGGAGAGAGCAUAUGCUACACCUACUCGAACAUAAUACCACGCU